CCGAGCAAAAAAGAUCCAAAAGAUUUGUUUUCCUCACAGAAGAACGUCAACAUGCUUCUCAGCGAGGAUAUGAUCAAGAAAAUGCUUCCCAGGGCCUAUCUCCGAAGGCAUGUGGCUCAUGAGAUCUUUCUUGCAAUUGCUUACUUCAAAGACCUCGUUCCCACGAUGGAAGAGUAUAUUUACAAUGACGGAACCAGUAAGAACUUGAUGAGUCUGAAAGGAACCAUCCCUGUUAUGAUCACAGGUAAGACCUACAACAUCCCUAUAAGCCUGUGGAUCGAGGAUAACUACCCUCAAACUGCUCCCAUCUGCUACGUGAGACCCACACGAGAGAUGAUGGUCCUCAGAGGGAAGUUCGUGUCCAGCAACGGAGAAAUCCUGCUGCCCUACCUGGAGGACUGGAGCAACGAGAGUGAGCUUCUGAGCCUGCUGCAGAUCAUGGCUGCCACGUUCGGAGAGAAUCCUCCUCUCGUCAUGCGUCCUCGUCACGAGCUCGAACAAGGUUCCUGUGCGCUGCAGUUUCAGAGACAAGGAGACGUGCUCACGACGAUGGAUGAGAGUUCAUAUCUGUCCAUAAACAGAGAAGAUGGUCAGCCUUUUCAACAACAGAAUGAAACAAAUUGUUAA